AAUGGAGAACUAAAAGCUUGUUUUAGUAACUUGGUUCUUUUCAAUAAAUUUACUAUUUCUUUUGUGUCCUUGUAUACCAUUUUUAAAUUAGCUUUUAUUUUAUGUCACAAUCAGGCUAACCCUCCUCAGCUGCACUCAAAUCUACUGUAUAUCCAAAGGUUUAGGCGGCAAACUCGUUUGGUUUCUGAAGCGGCAUAUUUCUUCACAAACAUUCUUUCUGCCGAAUCUUUCAUUUCAAAUAUUGAUGCACAAGCUCUUUCUAUGGAUGAGACCGAGUUUGAAACAAAUAUGGAGUCUGCUCGAGCACUUCUUUCUGUUCUUUCAGACAACAAUGUACUGGACCAGAGUGAUCAGAACGCUGGACCUGUUCCUGGUGCAGACACUUCUGUGGCCAAUCUAAGUUUUAGGUCAAAUAGGCCUCCAAGCCCUAUUACACAGCCAAAUUUCUCGGUUGCAUCAACAGAAACAAACCCCAAGAACGAGGAUCAGUAUGUGAAAAGUCAGUCAUCAAUGGAAAAGAUCCCGUCACUGUCGGAUCUAGAAAACAGAGGGGCUAGUAUGCUUAUCAAGGAGGGUAGCAUCAGCCAAGUGUUUCAAAGUUUCCCCUACCUAUAUUCCCAGUCUGGUGACCUAACAGUGGGUGAUAUCGAAGAGCUACUAACCAAUUACAAGCGCCUAGUAAUCAAGUAUGUUUGCCUUGCUAAAGGAUCAGGCAUUGACAAUCCAUCUCCUUCAUUGCCCAAUGAUCAAGGACAAACUCACCACCCUGAAUUUGAAUUCAACACCGAAUCUGAAGCAAGAGAGCCAAUUGAUGAGACGAAGAAAGCCGGGCCCGAGGAUUCAAGUCCAGUACUUCCACAGUCUCUUGAGGUUGAUGAAUCGAAGUUAAAGGAAAAUGAAGAAGUUGUAAGUAGGGAUGAAGAAGGGAGUUAGGUUUUGCAGAUAUUCAGUGGAAAACUCAUGUUUCUAAAUGCCGUUUCUGUAUGUUUUAACAGCAAAAUGAGGAUCCACUUGAUUCUUUCUGGACAGUAGAAUAACAAGUGAAUUACAAACCUUAACCAUCAUAUAUUAGCUUAGGUAAAUUUGAAUUCUUAUUUCAUAUU